UUCCCCUCACUCACUCCUCCAUCCUUAUAUCCCUCCAGGAGCUCCAAGCUCCAGCUCUGCAGCCCUUGAAAAACCGGGAGACGUCAAGGUGAGCCAGCAGCGAGAUGGCUCCGCAUAUCUCUGGCUUCCUCCGUCUUGGACUGGCUGCGUGCAGGAGCAGAAGGCAGGCUCUCCUUGGGACAGCGGAUCGCAGCCAGGCACUGGCCAGCCUGCAGCUUCUGGGGCGAUGUUUCACUGCCACCCCCCACAGGCUUGAAGAUAUCCCUGGUGGGAACACAGGUUCUACUGACAAAGUGAGGCUACAUUUUAUUAACCGGGAUGGAGAGAAAUACUCAGUCACAGCUAAAGAAGGAGAAAGCUUCUUGGAGGUGGUAAUGAAUCAAAAUGUCAACAUUGACGGUUUUGGUGCAUGCGAGGGCACGCUGGCUUGCUCCACUUGCCAUCUCAUCUUCAAGGAGAAUGCAUUCCGACAACUAGGCCCCAUUAGUGAUGAUGAACUAGAUAUGCUGGACCUGGCCUAUGGACUUACUGAGACGUCUCGUCUAGGCUGCCAGGUCCAUGUCAAGCAGUGGAUGGAUGGCCUAACAGUCCACGUCCCCAUGGAGGUAUCCGACAUCAGGAAAGAACUGGAAGUAGAGAAGCAAAGCAAACAAUAGGUGACACCAUUUUCUGCAGAAUGCUCUUUCCACUUACGGUGUUCAGACUUCUUAAUUGUUUGUUAUUAUUGUGGUUUCCUUGGGAGAUGCAUUCUGUAUUCGAAAACCUGUCCUGCAUUCUGAAAAAAAUAUUUGGGAUGAAAUAUUUGGGGACUCUGUAGUUUACCUCUGAAAUUUAAAUACUGAGUCUGUGACACACACACACCCCGGCUGGUCUUUAAACCUGCUGAACUCUGUAGCAUAACUUACUGAGAAUUGGAUGCAACAUUCCAAUAACAACGCUAAUUAUUACUACCGUGAGCAGUGUGGUAACAUGUAGCAAAAACCAUCAACCACUGUGAUACAUUUCCCAUUAGUUUGGGGCCCUGUCUUGUUUCAGCCAGUUCACAAGAUCCUCCGCUCUUUUACUAAUCAGGUACAUUUUGGCUGUGUUGCAGAAGAAGUCAAGAUAUUGCUCCACUCAACACCACAGUCUUAAUUCAUUUCUUCUCUUUUUUAAGCAGGUGAUCUUUGGAAAUUUUUCUGCUGCUUGUAGCAAUGACUAGUGCUGUCCUUUGGUUUUUUUGUACCGUUUUAGUGAUUUUUAUAGUGUAUUGUAAUCUGUUUUAUUCUCUAGUUUGAUUAUUUUCCCUUUUAUCAUUAGCUAUCUUGAGCAAUACUAUUGGAAAGGUGGGAUGUAAAUGUUCUUAAAAUAUAAUAAACAACCAACCAGUA